AUUUCUCAAAUGUAGUUUGCAUUGGAUUGCGCAACUAAAUGAAACGACUUACGGACCAGCGGUAUUGACAGCACUUCUUCGUGAAAUUUGAAAAUACUAUAAAUUAUGGGUGAAUAUUUGAAGAUCAACCAUUUUAGCGAGAACGGUUACGAAAAGAGAAGGGAAGGACAGGAAAGAGGCCAAAGCAAAGCAUUUCGCCUUUCUGGGGACUGAAUACGUUUGACUCAAACUUAGUUUGAGAAGCAGUCGCUGCUCUGGAAUAGCUCGGGAAGGCGGCGAAAAGAACGGGAAGUCAAGCCGUCGUACCGUACUACGAUCCACAUUUGUUGUAGAAUCUUGUGUCAGUCCUUUGUCAAGAGUUAGACACUCCAUUACACCAUGGUACGUCGAGAAGGGUCCCGCUUUGGUAUAAAUACCAAUCACAGCAUCAGGCGCCUGCCAUUCCCAUUCAAGAAUGUCUAUGCACAGCAGAAUGUUGUUAUCGAGACAAAGCUGGAUGCAGAAGGUUGCCAGUCAAAGAAAAAAUCCAAGAUGGCUCUCAGGGAUCAGCUUCUGAAAGAUACAUUUAAUAUCCAAGCUAGUGAUGAAACAUCAUCAUUGAGUUUUUCUCUGAAUAAGGCAAAGAGAUGGGAAGUCCUUGAUGACAUCAAGGAAGAGAGUAACCAUACAAACCAUUACAUCAUCCGAGAGCAUCACAUACUUCAGCGGUCAUCCGGUUCCUCUGGUCACACCUGUGUGGAAGUCUUUGACUCUGCUGCUGAGACUAGGAUUAGAUCACCCAAGAAGAAAUAUGCUAAGGCUACUGAUCUCAUUGAAUUGGACCAAAGUAAAGGAGUCAAAGAGGAUGCAGAUUUUGGGAAAAAGAAUUCCAAGCGAUCAAGAAAGAGGAGAGCAAAUCAAGAGGAAGAGCAAGCUGAGAAUUUGAUCCAAUAUGAUGUCAGUCGAGUCACACCAAGAGAAACCUAUCAAUCAUAUGCUAAAUCUUCUGCUAGUUCAGAAUGCAGAAAGAGAAAUAGCAGGAAUCGAUCAAAGAAGUUAGACCAAUGCCAAAUGAGUGAUGUAUACUGUGAUGGCUUGUGGGAAUUUUCUGAAUUCUCUAUAGAUGAAGAAGAGGAAGAGUUCUUCCAAAUGGAAAACACUGACAUACCUUAUCAGAUGGAAACCAAAGAGGCCGAGUCAUACAGGGUUCCCAUGAAUGCCUUAGUUUAUGGCGCCAUGAGUUUGUCAGCUUUCUGUUACCAUGACCAAGGUAGGCAAACACAACGCAAACCCAUAAAAUCUACCAAGGAUAGAGUGUUCCCGAUUGAUGAGAAAGAUGCUGUAAUUGCUAUCCAUCAGGAAUAUAUCAUCCCAAUAAGAGAGAAAAGAGCCACCAAGAAACGAGCAGCUAAGAACAUCAAGAAACAUACCAAGUUAGAGCCAAUGACCAAACCCGAAGAUCCAGGUAAACAUCAGCCUACUACUGUCCUCGAGAAACCAAGUACAGCUGUCACUGUCCAAGCUGAUGAUAUCACAGAGCAAAGUCUGAAAGGAAAGUUUGGGGAUUGCCUGAUAAAGGGUCAGUGCAUGCCUUCUCGCUAUGCUAUCAACAUCAGCCAGCAUGUCAUUGAUCAUCUAGCAUCUAACCCUGACAAUCUUGAGUUAUCUAAGCUCCUCCAACAGAGUGGACAUAACAUCUUUACCAUUUUAGAAUAUUCAUUAGAUCCAUUUCAAGUGGUGAGACAUGAUGGUAGACUGGUAGAAAGCAUCAGAAUGAAGAUAUGUGGGGUAGAUGAAGGAGAGGAGACCUUGACUGGUGCUUUGUCAAGUCUGAUGAGCGAUAGAAUCACAGAUGUAGUUGAUGCUAUGAGCCAGUCUGUAGCAUUGCUACCUGCUAAGAGCUACCAUGUAGAAAAGGAAAUUUCCAAAUAUAGUAUCAAGCCUGCUUUGGUAGUUGGUACUGUGCAGACUACUCUUGGUUGGAAUUAUCACACAACUAAUGCUAAUAAAGCUAUUCAAAUGGAAGAGAUGAAUGAUAAUGAGCCUGUGGGUGAGUUGGUGUCAUGUGGGGCAUCUAUUGCUUGUGAGACAUGUAACAUCUGUUAUGAAGAGCUGGAUGAAGAACAUGAGGGAACUGCUCUUGUUGCUUGUAAUCAUUGGUUCUGUGAUGAAUGCUGGAGAAACCAUCUUACUACACAGAUUAACCAAGGAAAUAUUCACAUCACUUGCCCAGAGUAUAAAUGCACUGUGCCUGUUGACAAAGUAACCUUGAUGUCUUUGGUUCCAUCAAAAGUCUUCUCUCGUUACCAUAUCAACCAAACCAACAGUGCCCUGAUGCUACGAUCAGAGCUGCAUUGGUGUCCAAUGCCUUCCUGUGGUCGGUUACUCAAACUUUCUAAUCCAAAUAGAUUAGUUUCUAUAAACUGUGAAUGUGGGACGUUCUGGUGUUCAUUGUGUAAACAAGAGGCUCAUUGGCCUGCUACAUGCCAACAAGCAAAGUUGUACAGAGAUGAAGCAAAGGACUUAUUCAGAAAGAAAGAUGAUGGAUUAAUACAUUCCAUAAGUACCAAGCCUUGCCCAUGGUGUAAGUACCCAAUUGAGAAAUACUAUGGCUGCAGUCAUAUGGUAUGCAAGUGUGGAUAUGACUUUUGCUGGGAUUGUGGACAAGCCUUUAAUGGAAGACACUACAAUUGUCAUUUGAAGAAAUGGAGGACUAAGGUAAUAUACCUCCAAAGUUGGGGGUGCGGUUUAUACACGGGUGCGGUUAAUACACCGUUACUUACGGUGUAUUCUAUUCAUCCUGAAGACAUUGUAGAAAAGACUGCUGUUGAGCUUGCUAUAAUUCAUCACAAAGAGAGAACCCGGUUUGCCUGCCAUCGUCGUAUCAGAAAAGCAAGGAAACUGGCAAUAAAGAUGGUGAAGACUGAGAGAAACCAAUCAGGGAAGGAUUCAAAGAGCACCUCCGCUCUUUCCAUGGAAACCAAUGAAUCCUGUCAACUCACAGAAGUUAAAAGAACACUUGUUGAUGCUGCCAAUUUCAUCUCUGAGGCUGAGUUUGUUUUAGAGCAUCUUGAGAUUUUGCUUUCAAGUACAACUCAUCACAGCCAUAAUAGGAUAAUCACAGAACACAAGACAAGGCUUAUCUUCAUCGCACAGAAACUUCACAAGAUUUUCAGGCAAGGAAUUACUCUCAAUGUGUCAGAUAUUGAGUAUUUGUUAAACUGUGGGAAGGAUUGUUUGAGGUGGAUAGCUUUGUCAACCAAACAGCUCACCAACACCAUUGCAUCAACUGAUGAGUAUUAGGACAAAUACUUUAAUAUAGUCUGCAGUCAUAACUGUGCAAUAUUUCUUCUUCUGUUGAUUUCAGUCAUCUUUUUAGAGUACAGUGUACUAGAUUGUUGAGGCGGCAAUCACAUGAAGUUGAACACAUGACAUUAACUGCUGUUGGAGACGAAACUAAACUAUCAAGUAAUAUCCUGUAUACCAAGAAGCAUCAUCUGAAUAUAUAGGCAAGGAUAUAUUCGAAGAAUGAAUGUUAUGAAAGUUUGAUAAAUAUUCAGAUUCUGUUGGUACCUUUUUCAUGUUUCUUAAAUGGGGAAUAUGGGAUGAGCCUACCAUUUCACCUCUCUGUGUUUACAUAUAAACCAAUAUUUCAGUUGCAACCAAGUAUUUUCUUGGAGGAGGAACUGGAAUUGUGAUCGAUUUCUGUGCAAUCCUUGACUAAUAAUAUCUAUGAAUGUACUUAUUUUUUGUCACCCCCAUCUCCCAUCAAUUGACUACCCUUGUAAAACAUGGCACCCUGAGAUGCUAAAGCUCCUAUGAGUAAUUGACUGAUCAUGCUAAUCCCUUAAAUUGUCAGCAAAAAACAUUGGUGUAACUUCUAAAGGUUUCCAUGGCGAAGAAGAAGAAUGCAUUCGGUUUCGCGGUUCACCUUGUAUCUGUCGUGGGCAAUUGCUGGUCGAUCUUUUUCUAGUUAUUUGAUUAUGUAGCAUAAUAGGUAUAUGAUUAGAGCCAUCAUUUGCCACAAUAGUAUUGGCUGUAAAACAAUAGAUGGACAAACCACAUAUGUAUUUAGAAUGGUUGUUUGCCACUAAAUUGAUCAAAAAUUAUUAUUCAUUUUCAUGGAGAAAAUUUUUUAUUUAUUUAUUUCUUUUAAAGAUUUACAUGUAUCUAAUAUUUUCAGUGAGGCUGUGUGCCUGUUAUAUGCAUGUAGAUCUGUAUCUGGAGGCCAAUUUUUUUUUUUUUUUUUUGGGGGGGGCUUUUCUUUCACAACUUCCUAAAUCUGCAACAUUGGAUAAGUUUUAACAAUGUAAUGAAUUUCCCAGGCUCCCUUUUUGUCUCGCCUGCAUAGCAGAGCGAGACUAUAGGCGCCGCUUUUCCGACGGCGGCGGCGGCGUCAACAUCAAAUCUUAACCUAAGGUUAAGUUUUUGAAAUGACAUCAUAACUUAGAAAGUAUAUGGACCUAGUUCAUGAAACUUGGACAUAAGGUUAAUCAAGUAUUACUGAACAUCCUGCCUGAGUUUCAGGUCACAUGACCAAGGUCAAAGGUCAUUUAGGGUCAAUGAACUUAGACCAUGUUGGGGAAAAUUAUUUUCAAAAUCUUAACCGAAGGUUAAGUUUUUGAAAUGACAUCAUAACUUAGAAAGUAUAUGGACCUAGUUCAUGAACCUUGGGCAUAAGAUUAAUCAAGUAUUAGUGAACAUCCUGCCUGAGUUUCAGGUCACAUGACCAAGGUCAAAGGUCAUUUAGGGUCAAUGAACUUUGGCCAAGUUGGGGGUAUUUGUUGAAUUACCAUCAUAACUUUUAAAAUUUAUGGAUUUAGUUCAUGAAACUUGGACAUUAGGUUAAUCAAGUACCACUGAAUAUCCUGUGUGAGUUUCAGGUCACAUGACCAUGGUCAAUGGUCAUUUAAGGUCAAUGAACUUUGGCGGUGUUGGGGGUAUUUGUUAAAUUACCAUCCUAGCUCUGAAAGUUUAUGGAUGUAGUUCAUAAAACUUGGACAUAAGAGUAAUCAAGUAUCACUGAACAUCCUGUACGAGUUUCAGGUCACAUGACCAUGGUCAAAGGUCAUUAAAGGUCAAUGAACUUUGGCCGUGUUGGGGGUAUUUGUUGAAUUACCAUCCUAACUGUGAAAGUUUAUGGAUCUAGUUCAUAAAACUUGGGAUAUAAGAGUAAUCAAGCAUCACUGAACAUCCCCUGUGAGUUUCAGGUCACAAAACCAAGUCAAAGGUCAGUUAAGGUCAAUAAACUUAGGCCAUGUUGGGGUAAUUGUUGAAGUGCCAUCAUAACUUUGAAAGUUUAUGGAUAGAGUGAAUGAAAUGUGGACAUGGGUGUAGUUGACAGUCUUAAGUCUCCGUUCAAAUGUCAUUUAUGGUCAAUGAACGUGGCAUUAUGUCAUUAUAUGAAUGAUGUUUUUGUGAAUGAUUAUUUUAUAGUAGUUUUCAAAGUUAGCACUGCUGCUAUAUUAAAUUGCGUAAUGCAGGCGAGACUGCCAGAGGCGUUCCACUUGUUUAGUUUCCAGGGGUCUUUUGACCAUUUCAAGAGCUAUAUCACCUAAAGGCCCCAUGUAUUUUUCCAUUUGUAUCUGCUAUCAUAAUUUUGAUAUUAUGAGAGAAAGUUAGGUAUACUAAUACAGUGCUUAAAGGUCAAGUCCACCCCAGGAAAUGUUGAUUUGAAUAAAUAGAGAAAAAUCAAACUAGCAAAACGCUGAAAGUUUCAUCAAAAUCGGAUGUAAAAUAAGAAGGUUAUGACAUUUUGAAGUUGCUUAUUUUUUUCACUUAACAGUGAUAUGUACAACUCAUAUGAGACAAUCGAUGAUGUCCCUCACUAUUUUUUUUAUUUUUUAUUGUUUGAAUAAUACAAUAUUUCAUUUUUUAUAGAUUUGACAAUAAGGACCAACUUGACUGAAUCAUAUAGUAUUAAUCAAUGCUCAUUCCACAUGUUCAGGGAGGAAUUAAUCGCUGUUUCACUCGACAAUGAGGAGAAAAAUAGAAUAUUCCCUAUUUCAUAUAAUAAAAUACAAAAGAAAAAGUGAGUGGAUGACGUCAUCAGUCUCCUCAUUUGCAUACCCACCAGGAUGUGCAUAUUACUGUCUUGUGAAAUUAAGCAAAACUUUAAAAUGUCAUAACUUUCUUUUACAUCUGAUUUUGAUGACAUUUUCAGUGUUAUGCUUGUUGGAUUUUUCUUUUUUUUAUUCAAAUCAACAUUUUGUUGAGGUGGACUUGUCCUUGUAAUAUGUCAUUCUUUUGAUCCCUUUGUGAGUCUUUAGAAUCUCUUCAGUUUACUUGACAUUGAUAUUAGUCUUUCUCUUCUCUACAAUUAUUAUUCAAAUAGAGUUAAUCGAAAUUGCUGUUUCUUUCUUAUUAUCAUUCUAUAAAGUAAAUAAUUCAUGUUAGAAUGUCAAAGAUUUGUUUAUGCUUUGAAUUUUCGUAUUUACCUGUAAUCAUCCAUAGACACAUGAUUAUAUAUAUCCCAUUUUAAUACCACUACUUUAGUUUUAUGGCUUUCAAUGACUUUAUACUGCCUAAUUGUUCAUAGUCAUGUCAUCAAUGAAUGAAAAUACAUGUACUCAAUUAAAGUGUAGUCAAUUGAAUUUGUA